AUGGAUAAUGCCAAGUUCCAGGUCCAAGUUGACCCUACUGAAGAUACAGAAUGGAAUGAUAUUUUACGAGCGCAUGGAAUUAUCCCUGAAAGACCUCCGUCUCCAUCAGCUCAAAUUGAAGAAGCAUUAGAAGAAGUGCUCCAAUAUAAACAUGAUAACAGAUUAGAAGAUAAGGAUCUUGAUGAGUUAGAUGCUUUGGAAGAUGAAGAAGAUGAAGAUUUUAUAAAUAUGUACAAACAAAGAAGAAUGGCACAAAUAAAAGAACUAGCCAAAAAGCUGGAAUUCGGUGAAGUAUAUCCAAUUGAUAAAGCUGAAUAUGAAAACGAAGUGACUCAAGCUUCUAAAGAUGGUAAAUACGUAAUAGUUCACCUUUCUCUUCAGUCUAAUCUUCAAUCUCGUCUUUUGGGUAGUUUAAUGAUUCCAUUAGCUCGGAAGUUUGCAGAGAUCAAGAUGUGUGAGAUUCCUGCCCAACGGUGUAUUCCAAAUUACCCUGAUUCCAACUGUCCUACACUUAUUAUAUACCAUAAUACCAAUGUGGCCAAACAAUUUAUUACAUUAGCACAACUUGGUGGUAAUGGAACUACUCAAAAGGAUCUUGAACAGGUAUUAAUUACAGUUGGUGCAGUUGCUGACAAUGAUAAGCGUUUGAUAAUUAAUCAAGACGAUGAAGAUGAAAGUGAUGGAGACGAUCGAAAAAUCAGAUUUGCGAACAAGAAAUCUAUCCGCUCAACUCCUCAUAAUAAUAACAACGAUAGCGAUGAUGAUUUUUUCGAUUAG